AUGGUCGAACCGCUUUUUUUGGGAAAGGCAACUCUCUUUGACGUAACGAGAGUCCUGAUGUGCACCGUUGCGGAAAAAAUUUGGGAAAGUUCUAUCGAGGAACCCAUUUCCGUGACAAAACGCUUUCUUGGCGUCGCUGAUCGGACUCGUGUUGUUGACCGGCAACAAUCUAAGAACGACACCAUUUCGGACGGAGAAACGAUCGCGGCGGACGCACGUGCCAUCGCGGAGGCGUUUGGUAAACUCGAAAUUGCUCCCGAGCACGAGGGCAUCGACACUGGAUUUGUGACGGACGACGUUGACGAACCUGUCUAUACCACGGCAACGGCUGCCACAACGCUUCCCGACGCGUUGCUGCAGCAAGUCGUUUCCGAAGACGAGGAGGAAAACGAUCGGUAUAUUCUGGAUCCGUUGGAUCUUGACAGGACUUCGGCACAACUAGAACCCGAAGACGACUGGUUUACUCAAGACGAACUUGCUGCGGCAUUGCGAGGGUUGGACCCCAGUCAAGACUUGCUGUGUCCGCCGGAUUCUUCCUGGCAAAGCGACGAGGCGAGCGACGAAGACUUGCCCGAUCAGGAUCAGGAACUCCCGGAAAUCGAUAUAUUGGAUCUGGCUUACGACGGUGAUUUUCUGGCUUCCAACGGAGGCGAAUUUUCUUUGGACAAAAGUCUUUUCGAACCUCUACAAGAUCUCGAUUACGGUUUUGAUCACGGAUCGAUCGACAGCCCUAGGAACUGUCAUACAAGCGAGGAAUCACUGAUACCUACGAGUGACGUGGGGGCUCCUGAUUGUAACAAAAGCAACGCGAUCGAACUUUUGGAGCAAUUGGAAUCUCUUACGCUCGACUAUCAUCAGGAUACAGAACGAGAGGAGAACUUUGAAGAAAUAGACAACAACGAAAUAAGCUUGGAGCAAGAGUUGCCACCGUGGCUAUUCUGUCAACCUUGCAACUCCAAUUCAUCGGACCUUGAAGCACUGGAGCCACUACUAACCGCAUCAACUGAAAACUACGUCGAACGCAAUCGUUACGACGAACAAGCCCUGGAUUCAUUGCUGGAUUUGCGCGGCUUAACAUUGGAAGACUACUCGGAAUACUGCCUACCUCAGGGUGAUUUAGAACAAUUGGAUACGGAGGAACCGACUAGAAAAAUGCUACCCUCGCUUUCGGACAACGCGACGUCGGUUACAACAGGUGUUGAUAUUCGACCUGAUGUGCAAAGGUUGGCACAACCCAUUUUGCAGACUUUUGAUGCGAUCUAUGAAUCAGAACUCAGCAAAGCGGAAACGACCGGAACAGUAGCGAAACAAAGCACUGCUAAGCCACCCCGGAGCGAACGACUCUGUUUAGGGCACAAGGAACGGAUUCUUGGUUUGGAUUUGUCUCCGUGCGGUCAGUACUUGGCGACAGCCAGUCAAGAUUCAACCGUUCGCGUAUGGUCAACCGACACGAACCAAUUGCUCGCAACAGUGCCGCACAAUUCGGCCUAUGAAUGUUUGAGAGUAGUCUGGGCUAGUCCACAAUGGGCUGAAAACAAUAUAGAUCGUAACGGUUGUGCUUGCCCUUACUUGCUGGCGACGGGCGGUGCCGAUGGAAUUGUUCGAUUAUUUCGGAGUGAGAAGCCGACCGAGUGGGUAUUGUGUGCCACUUUGGACCAUGCGGAAAUGAAUCAUUUUGAGGGCGAAGAAGAGGCCGAUACACCUCAAGUAUAUGCACUUCAAUUCAUUGAUCAUUGGAAAGCUUUGCCGGGUUCAAAAGAAUCUGACACGAAUUCGUUCCUCUUGACAUCAUCGGAUGACCACGUUCAUCUAUGGGAAAUUUGUUCUAAAUCCGAGGGGAAAAAAGAAGAAUCCGACAAUGACAGCGGCGAAUCGGGGAAUCUUCGGUUGCGUGAAGUCUUUAGUAUGCACUUUGGCGAUAUGCAUAAUCAGGCCUAUGGCGUGCAAGUCGGGCAUGUUACAGCUGCCGGGCUCGACAUUGCGGAUGCCACGACCAGCCCUAUCCCUAUAAGUAGCGGUGGAGAUUCAGGUGUUUUUGGCGGAGAUCGUAAUCCGAGAGGCCUCGUGUACGUUUUUGAUGCGCGGUAUUGUGAAGCGAACGGACUUCUGGGAGCCGCUCUAUCGGAUGGAACCUUGCGCCUCGUCAAUGGACGUGGGGUAUGUCUUUCGUUGUUGCAGCUACCCGGUCAUCGCUCGCACUUAACUUCACUUGCUUGGGAUCGAACGGGAGAAUGUCUCGCAACUUGCGUAGCGACAGGGCAUUUAAUUACAUGGGGAGUCUCCGUUGAUGAAUACGCCAAUCGUGUGCACGCCACCUGUCGUGCUGUGAUGGAAGGUGGCCACGACAAAGGUCGACCUCUGUUUGGUACGGAAUUUGUAGGGCGUGAUGGGGAUGAGGAAGAUGAUCUUUUGAUUUCAUGGGGUGUCGAUGGGCGGCUUUGUUUGUGGGAUUCUUUUUCCACUGACGAAAUAGAUCGACCGCUAGCCGUGCUCUUACACAAACCGGAAUAUCCUAUAUACGCAGUGGACUUAAUGCAAGAUGCUUUUAUUGCGGUUGGCGGCGGCACGGGGGAUGGUGGAGGUUUUGUCGGCAUUCCUGUUCAUCUUUACAAAUUUCCACCGAAAGAAAAGGCAUCACCAGACCCUCUCCAAGGAUAG